CUAUUCAGCAGCUUAUUUGGCCAGUAUACAAAGGAUGGGCUUCGAGUUACUCUUCAAGAAUUUCAGAACUUCUUGCAUGAACAGCAAAAGGAUCCAAAUGCAUAUGAUGAAGUUAAAAUUAGUAAGUUCAUGCGUGACUACCUUCAAGAUCCUAGUCGAGAUGCACAAGAGCCUUUCUUCACUGUGCCUGAGUUCCUAGAUUUUUUGUUUUCAAAGCAAAAUGAUGCUUUUGAUUCCAGCCAUUCUGUAAUUAAUCAAGAUAUGAAUCAGCCUCUUGUAAACUAUUGGAUUGCCUCAUCACAUAAUACAUACUUAACUGGUGAUCAAGUUAAAUCUGAAUCCUCUACUGAAGCUUAUGCCAGGUGUCUUCGGAUGGGUUGUCGGUGCAUUGAAUUGGACUGCUGGGACGGUCCAGAUGGAAUGCCGUAUGUGUAUCACGGUCAUACAUUAACAACUAAAGUAAAGUUCAUCGACUGCAUUAAAACAAUUAAAGAACAUGCAUUUGUCACAUCAGAAUAUCCAGUAAUACUUUCAAUUGAAAACCAUGCAACUCUGCCUCAGCAACGAAAUAUGGCCGCCGCUUUUAUUGAAGUUUUUGGAGAUUCUCUUUUGACGCAACCAAUUGAAAGAGAUGGUACACAGAUGCCUUCUCCUAAUCAAUUGAAAAGGAAAGUAAUCAUAAAGCAUAAAAAACUUCCUGAAAGAGAUGGUCAUGAGGAACGAAUUGUUUUGCGCAAUGAAAGAGAUGAAAUUGGUGGAGAAUCAGACAUCAGUAAUGCUGUGAAAAAUGGGAUUCUGUAUUUAGAAGAUCCCAUGGAUCAUGAAUGGAGACCACACUUUUUUAUGCUUACUCAAAACAAAAUGUACUAUGCUGAGGAACAACAAGCUGCUGAGGAUGAAGAUGAUGCUGAAGACAAUAACACUCACCGAGAGGGCAUUCCAAGUGAUGAAUUACAUUUUGGUGAAAAGUGGUUUCAUGGUAAGCUACCUGGGGGUAGAGCUCAAGCUGAGGAGCUUCUAAACCAAUAUUCUUAUUUGGGCGAUGGAACAUUUCUCGUUAGAGAAAGUGAGACAUUUGUUGGUGAUUACUCUCUUUCAUUUUGGCGUCAGGGUACUGUAAAUCAUUGUCGCAUCAGAUCAAAACAGGAGAGAGGUCAGACAAAAUACUACUUAAUUGACACAAUUUCCUUUGACACAUUGUACAGUCUAAUUACAUACUACCAAUCCAACCAACUGAGAAGCCCCGAGUUUUGUAUGUGUUUAACAGAACCAGUGCCUCAGCCAAAUAAGCAUGAAGGAAAAGAAUGGUUUCACGCAAACAUGACAAGAAUUCAGGCUGAAGAAAUGUUGAAGAAAAUAUAUUAUGAUGGUGCAUUUUUGGUACGACCCAGCGAAAAGGAAUCCAACACAAGUUGUUUUGCAAUAUCUUUUAGAGCCGAAAAUAAAAUUAAACAUUGUCGCAUCAAGUUAGAAGGACGUUUAUACACAAUAGGCACAGCACAAUUUGAGAGCUUAGUGGAGUUAGUUAACUACUAUGAAAAAAAUACUUUAUACAGAAAAGUAAAGCUAAAGUAUCCUGUCAAUGAAGAAGUUGUUCGAAGGAUAGGUGGUGCACCAGAAUAUUCUCCUGUUUAUGGUGCUCCAGGAAUGUAUAUGGAUCCAAACUGUUUUAAAUCAAGGAUCACAGUGAAGGCUCUGUUUGACUACCGUGAACAACGCAUUGAUGAAUUAUCCUUCCCGAAACAUGCUAUUAUUACUAAUGUUAGUAAAGAAAAUGGUGGCUGGUGGAAAGGUGAUUAUGGUGGUAAAAAACAGCAUUGGUUUCCUUCCAAUUAUGUUGAAGAAAUCGAACCAGCAGAAAAUAGUGAUGAAAAU